AGUGCUCUCUGCUAACACGCCUCCUCUCUCUCCUCUUGGCCCCGCCCCCCUCGGAUAUAAAAAAGUUUUUGGUGUGUGGCGGCUCCCGAAUCGCACACGCCAGAAUGGAAACGCUCCUCGGUGCGCUCACUGGCACACCUCCCUCUCCUCCUCCUCCUCCUCCUCAUCUUCUUCUUCUUAAUUGCGCAUCGGCACUCCGGCAGCCCCACAGCGGGAGUCACGACCAAGCACGUCUGAGAUAAACGCAGAGGAUGAACGAGUGAGGAUGAUGAUGAUGAUGAUGAUGAGCUUCCUGCGUCGGUGGACCGCAAAAUGAUGGAUUGAACUUUAAAAAUGUUCAAGUGGUGUUUGGACUCAGCUGUUCUCGGUCUGUGGAAUAUGUCAGAGUUAGAUUUCCAGCUGGGCUGAUGCUGAUUCGUGAAACCAUGACACGUUUUCUUCUCCUCCUGUCCUGAUGCUUUGUGCGUGAAGCUGCUCCAAACUCCAGCGCAGGAAAGUCACCGGAACCGGACUAAAGAGGACUCUGCUUCCCGUUCUGACAGGCUGCUGAGAGGGACCAAAGACAUGCAUGUAACGAUGUGAUGAAAAGGUUUCCUGCUCACGCAUCUCCCAGUGACUGGAAGUAAACGGCACCGCCUGAGUGCGUCAGACCCGCGCGGACAGCCGUUACGCAUGGGGACAGCUCUGGACUGAGAGGAUUUUUUUGCUUGUUCAUUUUGCUUUUUAUGAUUUUUAACUCUGACAAAAGAGGGAAACAAUUAUCCUACUCCUCCUCAAACAGAAAAUGAGUAGCUGUCUUUUCCGACUUGCACUCUUCGUGGCUUGCGUCCUCUCCAUCCGCUGCACCGCUGCGCCCCCGACCGAGGCGGAGGCGCACACGGCGACCUGCGCGUCCUGCGGUGUCGCUCAGCCAGAGGACCCCGAGUCGGGCCGGCUCAACGUGGACUUCCUGGAGGCGGUGAAGAGGCACAUCCUGAGCAGGCUGCAGAUGCGGGAGAGGCCCAACAUCACGCACCCGGUCUCCAAGGCGGCCAUGGUGACGGCGCUGCGGAAGCUCCACGCCGGGAAGCUGCGGGAGGACGGCAGGGUGGAGAUCCCCAACCUGGACGGACACCCGAUGAGCAACGAGGUGCUGGAGGAGAGCUCGGAGAUCAUCAGCUUUGCAGAGAAAGAUGAUAUGGUCACAUCCAAGUCCAGCCUGUUCUUCUUGAUCUCCAAUGAGGGAAACCAGAAUCUGUAUGUGACGCAGGCCACCCUCUGGCUCUACUUCAAGCUGCUGCCGUCCCCCUCGGAGGUGCGUCCGAGGCGGAAGGUGACGGUGAAGGUCUACUACCAGGAACCUGGUCUCAGCAGCAAGUGGAACCUGGUGGAGAAACGGGUGGAGAUGAAGCGCAGCGGCUGGCACACCUUCAUGCUCACCGACGCCGUCCGGUUGGUGUUUGAGAAGGGCGACAGGCGUCAGAACCUGGACGUGCGAUGCGAGGGCUGCGACGCAGAGGGUGUCACGCCCGUCCUGCUCAACCACAACGACGAGUCCCACCGGCCCUUCCUGGUGGUGCAGGCGCGGCAGGCUGACAACAAACACCGGAUCCGCAAGAGGGGGCUGGAGUGCGACGGCAGCAGCAGCCUGUGCUGCCGCCAGCAGUUCUACAUAGACUUCCGGCUCAUUGGCUGGAAUGACUGGAUCAUCGCACCGUCGGGCUACUUUGGGAACUACUGCGAGGGGAACUGUCCGGCCUACAUGGCCGGCGUCCCCGGCUCGGCCUCGUCCUUCCACACGGCAGUGGUGAACCAGUACCGCAUGCGGGGGAUGAGCCCGGGCUCCAUGAACUCCUGCUGCAUCCCCACCAAGCUCAGCACCAUGUCCAUGCUGUACUUUGACGACGAGUACAACAUCGUCAAGCGGGACGUUCCCAACAUGAUCGUGGACGAGUGUGGCUGUGCUUGAGUGUGUUUUCAUUAUUUAAGAUGGAACUGAAGAACUUAAGUGUAAACAAGAGUCACAAUAUUACAACAAAGAACAAAAACGAAUAUAGAAACAAAAUAUUUAUGGACGAAGAAAACACGCGCACACACAACCUCAUCCACACAUAUCUACACACCCUCAUGUAUGCCUGCACAAAAACCUGUAUAUAUAUUUAUGUUUGUUGAUGUAUUCUCUGGUGUUUCUGUCUAGAAACGAGUCAGUCGUGACUCGACCAGUCAGACGUAAAGAGUUCUCUUCUUCCAAAUCUUUAAAUAUCCGUCAGUCUCUGUAUUAAUUAUCUCUGAGGCGGUCAGAUUUGGUUUGCUAACGCAUGCCGGACCUGCAGGAUGUGACCGACUAGCAUCGGUCACGCUGCUCGUUUGGAAUGAAACUCUUCCCGCGUGGAGCGUUUAGGGAGCCUUACGUGAGUGACGAAGAGCGUUGGUGUGAUUCAAAUUGGCCUCCUUUGAGAGGAGUGUGUGCAAACACGUGGGACGAGCACCUAACACAUUCGGUCACCGGUCAGACUUUACCGACGUACAGCACGUCCAAUCAGGACUCACGGUCACACUACGUCUCAGAGAAACUUUGUUCAACGAUAAAAACCGACUUCAAACACAUGUGAACAUUUGGAUUCCAGAAAUGGAUGGAAACUGAAAGAACACAAUCUGUGGGGACUUUUCAGUGAGGUUACACUGUCACCAAACCAUGACAUGAUCCUCCAAACCAUAAGGCACACCUGCCAAUGUGAGCUGUCACACCUGACAUUCACACAACUGCUUGGAGGUUGUGUUUCCAGUUACUGAUAUGCAUCUGUUCACAGCUCUGGAUUCUUUCCAUUGUCUCCAUUGUUGUUCUUACAGUUGGAAAGCUACGCUGACGUUUAUCAAACAAGGCUAAAGGUUACCUGAACGUCUCAUGGCAUCUCUACAGAGCUCGCUGUUGUGUCGUGCACCUCAAAUUUAUUCCUUUGAUUAUUGCAAGCUUCACCUCCCUUCACCUUGUUUCAGCUUCACCUCGAAGGGGGGAAAAAACUCAACAUAUGUCACAUUUCAGUCACAGUGAAAAGUUGCCAUAUUGCUCAGUUUGGUGAUGUGCAGCUCGGCACACUCUGAUAGCACUUGCAGACUGAAAUGCCUUUAACGAGCCCUACGAGGCGCACCGCCGCCCACAGUCCUUCUGAAAGAAACAAGUGCCGCAUGAGCUAUGCAAUGUAUAGUAUUUACCCAUCCACCAGACAGGCUGAACUUUAGCUCUUCUGACAAACUGUCUCCAAUACUUGAAAUGUAAGUGUGGCAAGCAGGGGCAGGUCGGGCUUUGGCGAGGAGGCAGGAGGAGGCAGGAGGAGGCAGGAGGAGCCUCCCCACCACACAGCUCAGCGUCUGACUCAAAAUGUUUCUGACAGUAGACGGUGAAGUCUUGUGAUCUGACUCCACUCGAAAGUCUAACCCACAGCUUAGUCUAAUCCAAUCAGAUGGAACAACAGUGUGUGUUUCAGAGGGUCCCACUCCGCAUGGGGCACAGCACGUAUAAGAAAACAGAAAAUGUGUUUAAUACCUGCUCUGAAGGCUCCUUCUUUCUUUGUCGUACAACACAAAACAUGUUUGUGCUCACUGGACAUUCAGUCCGUCACUGAACAGUCGGUUGGGUUUCACUGCCUGAAUCGUCUCAAGUAUAAAAAGAGGCUAACUGGGGCUAACUUUGACCCAAAUGUGAUGCUCGAGUAGUGAUUGUAGUGUCUAAAUGAAUGUGUCCCAGUGGAGUUUGGCACCGAAACACACUUUGAGACACAGUUUGGAGUCACUUUGACAUCACUUUGAUGUUUCCAGGUUAUUUCACCAGUCCACGAUAUCCUGCUCUCAUCUGCACCACCAGGUGACAACACCUGAGGUUCAGGCCUCCUGUCCAGCGCUCGACCUCCACUUUGCCUUCCACUGUAAUCCUUCGCUUGUUCUCGGAAGCGAAUCGUUAGAAUAUUUGCACUGAGGAGCUGCGUGACGAGUUAGAAGAGAAAUGAACAGAAACUGCCAUUGAAAAAAAAAAGUUAUUUUUAUAGAAGCAAAAUUGAGCUCUGUUCAAAUGUAUUAUACCUAAUCAUGGAACCAAAGAGGCCAAGAGGUUUAGCUAUUGAAAGACGGCGAGGCCGUCGCGUUUGUGUUGUUGUAAAUGACUUUGUGACAGUUAAAGAGGCCUAAACACUGUAUCAGGGUAUAAUAUCAGUCCAUAAUCAGCUUAAUCUCUUUUCUAUUUUGUACCUAGACAUGGAAUAUUUCAUAUUUUUUCAUCAAAGUACUUAAAUAUUCCUAGUUUUGUUUCCUCUUUUUGUUAGCUCAGAAUCAUUUAGAGUAAAGCACACGCCAUCAGAUCCCUGUACAGUCGAUGUAACAUAUCAAUAUGCUUUUGAAAUAUUUUGUUCUUUGUAAUUGUUGAAAAAUAAAUUUCUUAUUACCAGUUGUAUGGACUUGUUUGUGUCGUGACACCUGAGAGAACGUUAUCCAAGCUUGAAGUGAAGGUGUGACUUUGAAGAUGGCGGCGGUUUGUGCCGCGUUCGCCCACGUGUUGUGUGAUCUUUCGCCACAAAAAUUCCCUAAUUAU